AUGACGUCGCACUGCCACGCUGUGGCGCAGCUUCUAGUUCUAGGCGGGGACUGUGGAGCCGAACUCACCAAGUCUUGCAUUUUCUUCACCCCAAUGUCGGCUCCAUUUACACCACCUCCCGGGCCUCCCCCACCCUCUCUUCCGGAAGGAUGGAAGGCGCAGUACGAUGAGCGAUAUCAGUCAUGGUUCUUCGUAAAUCUCAUCACCGGAAAAUCGCAAUGGGAACGUCCAGAGACACCAGCUCCGUCCACUGACGGAGCUUCUAGCGAGCUACCACCAUCAUACGAUAACGCAGGCUCUGCUGACCCUGCUGCACUCGCCAAUGCUGGGGACCAGAAGCGGCCACUGGCCUCAAAUAACCCAUAUAACCCGACUACUUCCUCACGCGGUACUGCCAGCCCUAUGAUCGAUGAUGACGCCCGCCUCGCCGCUAAGCUCCAGGCGGAGGAGGAUGCACGGGCUAGCAGUGGUAGCAGAGGUCCCGGGACGCCAGGUGCCGCGGCUGAUUUUUACAGCGGGCAAAAUGCGCCUCAAUCCACCGGUUCCUAUGCCUCCGAGCAAAUCGCCGGGGGCUCGGCACCAGAGCAGAAGUCUCGCAGUAGAGGCUUCCUGAGUAAGUUGAUGGGCAAGAGCUCCAGCAGCUCCCGCCCACCACAACAAUCGCGUCCCCAGUAUGCUUCAUACCCGCAGCAGCCACCACCGAAUGCCGGAUACGGGCGUUACCCGCAGCAGCAGGCGCCAGGAUACGGAUACCAGGCAGCCGGAUAUGGAGGAUACCCUUCCCAAGGCGGGUACUACCAGCAGCAGCCGCAACAGAAACAUGGCAUGGGAACAGCCGGUGCCGCUGCACUGGGCGUGGGUGGUGGAUUGCUGGGUGGACUUUUGAUUGCUGAUGCCGUGGAAGGGAUGGAGGACCAUCAUGAUUAUGAUAAUGGAGGCUAUGGUGGAGAUGACUAUGGUGGUGGAGGUGGUGGAGGUGGUGACUUUGGUGGAGGCGGUUUUGACGACGGUGGUGGUGAUUUUGGCGGAGGCGAUUUCUAA